UCCUUCAAGUUAUCCUAAGGCUCUUGCUUUUGGUGAUGGCAGUUGUGUGUUUAUUCUACCAGCUGAGGGAAACCCCUUCCAUGCUCCUGUGUGUCUCUUGCAACCAUGUCAGCUGCCCUCACAGGGAGAGUAGCUGGAGCAGCUAUGAUGUCUAUUGAGCUGUGGAACUUUGUAAAGCAGAGAACCGACAGCCUGGCACUCAGCUGACAAGAAAUGAGAGAAGGGAAGGGCACUGUGCUUCUGAAGCAGCAAAAGGAAGUGAAGUGGCAGCUCCAUGGUAGCUUCAGUGUGUGCCUGAAAAACAGCAUCUAGAUGAAUACAGCAGAACCAGUGCUACGUGGUUCUCAGGUGUCUGCUGACCAGGUCUCUCAAAUUGUGAUGAACAGGGCUGGAAAAAAUAUGUUAAAGUCUAAAAUGUUCCAGUGUAAAUAAGUAGAGGACAUAGGAAUGGAAGGGGGAGGGUGUUGCUAUCCACGCACUUUGCACGUUGCCCUGUUGGGGUCUGGAUGUAGGCUGAUAUAUAUGCAAUGUAUCUGCAGUGUGAAGUUAAGUAUAAGACCUUAAAGAAAGUCAUAUUAAAUGCACACAGCCUGACUCGAUCUCAGCAGAACAACUCAGCUAACAUUCCUACGAUGGACAAAUAUUUAUGAACAUCCUGUGAUAAAUGAGGUAUAUGAUAAAUGAGUACUUUAACCCUUCAGAGAACUUACAGAGGCUAUAUUAAGCACUGUUUCUGUAUCUGUGGCCAAACAGUGGCAAGGAGAUCUCACCUGCAGGUCCAAAGGGCACAAGCAGAGUACCCCAGGAGUCAGUUCUGGCUCCAGUCCUGUUUAACAUCUUCAUUAACAAUCCAGGCAAUGGGGUAAGGUGUACCCUCAGUAAAUUUGCAGAUGGCACAAAACUGAGGGGAGCUGCUGAUUCACCAGAGGGUCAUGCUGCCAUUCAGAGGGACCUUGACAGGCUGGAGAGAUGGGCUGAUAGGAACCACAUGAAGGAGAAACAGCUCCAGGCACCCACCUGGAAGUCAGCUCUGCAGAAAAGGACCCAGGAGUUCCAGUGGAUGCCAUGUUGAAGAUGAGUCAGCAGCGUGCCCUGCUCAGCAUUGUCUUUUUAAAGCAGGAAGAGGCGAACAGCAUUUUUCAAAGGCACAGAAGAGCCAAUAGCUUCUUCGAAGAGAUAAAACUGGGGUCACUAGAGCGAGAAUGCAUGGAAGAAAAGUGUUCAUUUGAGGAAGCAAGAGAGAUCUACCGUGAUGAUGAGAGGACACAAGAGUUCUGGCACAUCUAUUCUGACCCCAACCAAUGUGACUCCAACCCUUGUCAGAAUGGAGGGAGCUGCGAUGACCAGUUUCAGGAUUACGUCUGCCGCUGUCCUCCAGAGUACGAGGGCAAGAGCUGUGAAAUAGCUGUGGCCGAGAACCUGAAGUGCAUUUAUGACAAUGGCGGCUGUGAGCAGUACUGUGCUGACAAGCAGUCUGAAAAACGAGUGUGCUUCUGUGCAGAGGGCUACGCCUUAGCGAGUGAUGGUGUGUCCUGCAUUCCCCAAGUGAAAUACCCUUGUGGAAAAAUACCAGUGCUGGCAAAAAAGAAUGUGACUGCUCGGGGCAGAAUAGUAGGUGGUGUCACCUGUCCUCCAGGUGAAUGUCCAUGGCAAGCCCUUAUAAUACAGGAUAAGAAAGGGAAGUGUGGUGGUAGUCUGCUCUCGCCAGAGUGGGUGGUGACUGCAGCUCAUUGCCUGGAUUACACUCAUACCAAACAGCUCCGCGUGAGGCUGGGUGAAUACUCAAUAAAAGUUGAUGAGAAAACUGAGCAAGAACGUGCAGUUAGCAAGAUCAUCAGACACGAAGAAUACAUCAAUGGACAAGUCAAUCAUGACAUUGCCCUCUUGAAGCUGGAAACACCCGUGAAUCUCACCGAUUUUGUGGUGCCAAUAUGUUUGCCUGAAAAACGGUUUGCAGUGUACGAGCUGUCCUCCAUUAAGUUCUCAACGGUGAGCGGAUGGGGACGGCUACUAGAUGGAGGGGCUACUUCUACUUUUCUGAUGCGAGUUGAUUUGCCACGUGUAAAGACACAAGAAUGUGAAAAGCAGGCUAAGUUAAACGUCACCGAGAAUAUGUUCUGUGCAGGAGACCUGACUGGCAAAAAAGACUCCUGCAAGGGAGACAGUGGUGGACCUCACGCAACGAAGUAUAAGAACACCUGGUUUCUGACUGGGAUUGUCAGCUGGGGAAAGGGUUGUGCUGUUGAAGGCAGCUAUGGGGUUUACACAAGGGUAUCCAGAUACAUCGACUGGUUGAAGAAGCACAUGGAAUGACAACAGUGAACCAGAGCAUUUCCUUGCCUUCAUCCCUCUGUGGCAUUUUCCUACUGAAGCAUUCCUCCGUUAACUCAGACACAUGGUAAAGGUGAUAUUGUUCACAGUUUUAAAUGAGCCUAAUGCCUGCCUGAAUAGAUAAAAUAACUUUGAUAUUGUUGUAAACUUGAAUGUCUUGUCAAGAGGCCACAGAAAGGCUCUAUCAAACCAGAUGCAGAGUCCCUCAUUCUUCACCCAUUUUCUGGUAAUAGAAAAGCUUGGUGCUGAAAAACA